CGAUGUAGGGGAUGAAAAUAAAGCCCGAGGGAACUGGUCUAGCAAGCUGGAUUUCAUCCUCUCCAUGGUGGGUUAUGCAGUGGGGCUGGGCAAUGUCUGGAGGUUCCCGUACCUGGCCUUUAAGAAUGGGGGAGGUGCGUUUCUCAUCCCCUAUUUGAUGAUGUUGGCUCUAGCUGGGAUCCCCAUUUUCUUCCUGGAAGUCUCCCUGGGGCAGUUUGCUAGUCAGGGCCCCGUGUCGGUCUGGAAAGCCAUCCCGGCCUUGCAAGGCUGCGGCAUCGCCAUGCUGAUCAUCUCGGUUCUAAUAGCCAUAUAUUACAAUAUUAUCCUGUGCUAUACACUUUUCUACCUUUUUGCGUCCUUUGUACCUGUGCUGCCCUGGGCCUCCUGUAACAACCCGUGGAACACGCCAGACUGUAAAGAUAAAAACAAACUUUUGCUAGAUUCCUGCAUUAUUGGUGACCAUCCAAAAAUACAAAUCAAGAACUCUACUUUCUGCAUGAGUGCCUAUCCAAACUUAACCAUGGUUAACUUCACCAGGGAAGGAAACAAAACAUUUGUCAGUGGAAGUGAAGAAUAUUUCAAGUACUUUGUAUUGAAGAUUUCAGCAGGAAUUGAAUAUCCUGGUGAGAUCAGAUGGCCCUUGGCACUAUCUCUUUUCCUAGCUUGGGUGAUUGUAUAUGCCUCCCUUGCUAAAGGAAUCAAGUCAUCAGGAAAAGUGGUGUAUUUUACAGCUACAUUCCCCUAUGUAGUUCUCAUCAUCCUUCUUAUAAGAGGAGUAACUCUCCCUGGAGCUGGAGAUGGAAUCUGGUACUUCAUCACACCAAAGUGGGAGAAGCUAAUUGAUGCUAUGGUUUGGAAGGAUGCUGCCACUCAGAUUUUCUUCUCCUUAUCUGCAGCAUGGGGAGGUCUAAUUACUCUCUCUUCUUACAACAAAUUCCAUAAUAAUUGCUACAGGGACACAUUGAUAGUCACAUGUACCAACAGUGCCACAAGUAUAUUUGCAGGCUUUGUCAUCUUCUCAGUUAUUGGCUUCAUGGCAAAUGAACUCAAAGUGAAUAUUGAAGCUGUGGCAGACCAAGGUCCUGGAAUUGCUUUUGUGGUUUACCCAGAAGCCUUAACGAGGCUUCCUCUCUCUCCCUUCUGGGCCAUAAUAUUCUUUUUGAUGCUUCUAACUCUUGGAUUAGACACCAUGUUUGCCACUAUCGAGACUAUUGUGACCUCUGUUUCAGAUGAGUUCCCCAAGUACUUACGUACGCACAAGGCACUGUUCACUCUUGGGUGCUGCGUGUCCUUUUUCGUCAUGGGAUUUCCUAUGAUCACUCAG